GUGACGCGCUACGCCAUCUUGCAUACAGCGAGCGUCGAGCUCAACAGAGACGCAGUUCGCGCUCCACCGCUAAACCAAGUUACCAAGUGAUAUUUCGGAAAGAUGAACAGCCAGAGCUCCCUCACCGAAACGGCAGCCACCGCAGUUAACGGCUCGGGUUCGACGGCGGCUGCUCCUCGAGACCGCAAAACCGGAGGCAAUCUCCUGAAAAGGCUGAAAUCGCGACGGAAUCAAGUGGAGCGGCGGCCUGUAACGGAGGAAGAGCUGCGGGCGCUGGAGAGAGACAUCACCACGGACGAAGUGUUCGGACUCCGCGCUAUCACUCGCGACUAUCUGUGUAAACCAGAGGACAACAUCUACAGCAUUGACUUCACACGGUUUAAGAUCAGAGACCUGGAGACAGGGACAGUCCUUUUCGAGAUUGCCAAACCUCCUCACUGUGAUCUUGAUGAGGAGGAUGAGGAAAACGGAGAGGUUGACACCACUGCAGGGCGCUUCGUCCGUUACCAGUUCACACCUGCGUUCCUUAAGUUACGCACAGUUGGAGCCACUGUGGAGUUCACAGUUGGCGAUCGACCUGUUACCAACUUCAGAAUGAUUGAGAGACAUUAUUUUCAAGAUCGCCUCCUGAAGAGUUUCGACUUUGACUUUGGCUUCUGUAUCCCAAACAGCCGGAACACGUGUGAACACAUUUAUGAGUUUCCUCAGCUCCCAGAUGACCUCAUUCGUCUGAUGAUUGAGCACCCGUAUGAGACCAGAUCAGACAGUUUCUACUUUGUGGACAACAAACUCAUCAUGCACAACAAGGCAGACUACGCUUACAACGGGGGCCAGUAGUGCCUCUUCAACAGGAAACCUGACGAUUGUUUGUUGGAGUGACCGUGUGGAAUGCAAAUACAGGACCACACCUCACUAGCAGCUACACAUGGUGUUGUCAUCAGCAUUACGAUCUGGCACAAUCGACCCACCCAACUGGAAAUGACCUUCCCUCAGUGAAGUUCCUGCAUUCCACAGACUACACGCACUACUUGUGGGUUAGGCCAUAAAAAAGCGGAGGCUUUCUCCUCCACCACACUCGACUAGCCGGAACUGAAGAAUAGUCCGGUUUUCCUGCUUCAGGACAGGUUUUUGUUUUGUAACUUUUGUUGUCUUACUUCCUGCACCCACCAACCUUUGUCCAGUUUUGUGAGAUUUUUGAAGCUCUGAAAUUUUGUUAACAAACUAAAUCUUGAUUAUCUGAAAGGUGUCUUUCUAAAUGUGCUAAAAUGAAGCAAUCCUGCCACAUAUAUCUUGGUUUAUUAAACAAAAAGAGGCGUUUUCCACAGAUUGGAUUUGCAGUUAUUGAGGAUUAUUUUAGUGAUGGAAAGGAUACUGCGGUAUAUUUUUUUAGAUAGUUCUGUUUAUCAGAGCCAACACUAUUACAACACUCUCGGACAUGUGAUCAGGGUUAUUAUGUCGAGUUAAAGAGGAUGUGAUCUGUUUUUGUGUGUGUGACCCUAAAACAGUUGCAGUAUUUAUUUAUUUUUAACUACACACCUGUUCAAAAUUUUGGAUUCAGUAAUAUUUUAAUGUUUUUGGAAGAAGUCUUUUAUAUUCACCAAGCUGCAUUUA